UUAAUUUUGUUUUGACGUGACUCCUUUAUUGUGACCUCGUUGUGUCGGCUAAGGACAAAAUAACCGGGUGUACAUCGCAAUAUUGAUAGAAUUAUAAAUACCUAUUUUCCCAUUAAGCAGCAGUUUUCCGACUAGAUUUCGAAUUCCGAAUUGGACCCGUCAAUACAAUCAUAAAGUGAGUUUAGUUCAAUGUUGUCCUUUUUAGCAAAAAAUCAAUCCACUACGUUUUUACAGCUUGUGAUCGUCAAUUUAAUUAUUGCUGCAUUUUCCCCGCAACUCCCAGUUUGUAACCAAUCAACAGAUGAACCAGUGUUGUAAUGAAGGCAUAAUAGAUACAUACAUAAUUAUACUCCCCCCUUUUUAAUUAAAUUAUUACAAAAGUCGUCCGUAUUUUUUUGACUGGAACUACACAAAAAACCUGAUUUAAUUCUUUAUAAUUUAAUAUUCAAACAUUAAGUAGUCUUUAAAAUUCUGCUCCAAAACACGUACAUAAUACAGUUAAAAACACUCACAAAAAAUUAAAUAAUCCUCAUCAUAAUCCUUAACUAUAUUGGUAUUAUUCCCAUUUUUCGCAGUCAACUCAAUACUUGCCUUUCAAUUUUUAAUACUUUGUGAACAGCUAAUUGGAUGCAUUGAAAAUUGAGGUAAGUUAUAAAUAUAUUGAAGAACGAUGACCAUAAACAUCUAGAGUGAUAUCCUGAACUGUCUUGUUCCUCAACAAACAAUGAACUGAUUAAGGCUUGGUGGAUGACUGGACCUUUGUGAAGUGUUUUGACUAUUCUCAGACUAGGAUCAAACUGGACCAAACUGAACUUAAAAGCUAGAGAGUGAAGUUUGAAGUGCGCGAAAGUGACAUUUUGAGACUAGGACUUGUGGCUUACUAUACAUCAGCAAUGAAGAAACACUCAAGUGCGCGCUUCCAGACGCCAAUGUUCCUAAGGACAGUUUUGCGUGGACAUUUUUUAUUCAAGGACCCUACAUUUGUGCUUAAAUCAUUUGUUGCGCAGCGUAAAUUUAAUUGCCAUGAUCCCUCUGUUACCUAAAUCAAUUGGACUGCCAAAGCAGAGUUGCAUACGAUGCCUAAAACUCGAAGAAAUCGAUCUGGAAAUAGAGGCGGCAAUGACAGAGCCAAGCUGAGGAUGGAUGACGUCCGUGGGGGCGUCAGCAGCGGAGCUGCUAGAAGGGAAAAUGAUCAACGAAGAGCCAGGCGACGCUCAGCCAACUCUCCGAGGAGACGUGAGCUUGGGCAUGUUAUGCAAAACGCCAGAAGAGAUACUGGUGGUCAGAGCGCAUAUUGGACAAAAAAACUUCUUGAAGCUGAAGCUAGGGUACCAGACAGAUGGAGGCACAGUGGAUUUGAUGAAAUGUAUCGAGAAGAACUGCGCAAGUCCAGUCGCUCUAGAAGCUCAAGUUCCAGCAGCCAAACCUCCAGAAGUCGGUCCCCUUUAGACAGACCUAAGUCUCCUGUAAACCGACGACCUAGAACUCCGGUUUCAAAGGUCUCCAAGGAGAAAACCCAAAAAGCAAGGCCUAGAUCCCCACCGUCUCCACCAAGCAGACACAGUAACUCCAGGGAACGCUCUCGGGGCAGGCCUAGGACUCCAGCACAUCGAAGGGGAGGGCACCGCAGAACAAACCGUUCUUCCUCCUUCUCUUCAUCAGGAAGCGAAAGUUCUUGCUCAGAUGAAGACUGUUCUGUCUGCUCCCCUAAACAUCGAAAACAGCCACGAAACUCUCGCACUCCGCCGUCUCCCUCGCCACCUCCAAUGCCGGCAAAGAAAACGAUUAAAAGAGUUGUCAGUAAUAAGAAAACAGGAAGGAAGACUCCUCCAGAGCCAACUGGCGGACGUAAAAAGCAGAGAGUUGGAAGACCCAAGUCUCCACCUCACCCAAGAACGCCAGUCGAGUCUACCUCAGGCUCUUCGUCAAGCUCAUCUGAUUCUGAAGAUUCAUCCGGCGAGAUCAAUGAAGCACCCAAAAUGACUCUCUCGGAAAGAUUUGGCAAAAUGGCUCAGUGGUCUGUUGACCGUCGAGAGUAUGACUCUGUUUCGAUGAAAAUAACCAAGGACUCGGCAGCUCCAGGUGUAAAAGUGGUCAUCGCAGAUGAUGCUGUGGAGCUUGACUUUCCUCUAUCAAGGCAUGAGCGACCAGUGGUGAGGAGGGAAUCACCAGAAAGAGAUUACGCAUUUCAUUAUGAGCGCCGUCGCUGCUUCUUCGAAAGAACAUACACAGAGGAGAGACCACCUGGUCCAGAUGCUCCUGUGAACUGGUCUGACCCAUUGAUUAGGUACAGCUAUUAUCGCAGAAAGGGAUUGCUGUGGGACACAGAUGUAUCCUUCGACGAAUAUUUCAAAUGGGAAACGUGGUGGCAAAGGUAUCAAGAGUGGCUGGAAGUGGAGCGAGCUUGCUACGGAGAGGAUGCUGCGCUGGAUAAUGCCAGGAGAGAGAGGGAGCGAGACUGGGAGAGCUACCGCUUCUCUAAUCUUGGGAGAUCACCCUUGGAAAGGGAGAAUCUACCAUUGCCAAGAAAUGAACCUUGGUCAGCGAAGAAGAGUGGUCUGGGGAAGAAUGUAAUCAACAAGGGCGCAGAGGGAUUUGUUACUAGAAAAUUCUUGAGAACUUAGUCUAAAAAUACUCUAAUCAAUAUGUAAUGUAACUUUUUCAGCUUGCAGCUAGCUACAUUUUAUUCCUAUUGCUCUUGCGCAUACCCUAAACAUUAUUUUUUGUUCUGCUCUUUGAAUUUAAAUUUUUGUUUGCGUUUACACUCUUCAACAAAAUUUUAAAUUACGAAAAUAAUUUGAUUCUUGUCGAAUUUGGUCAUGUUUUUUCUAGAUUAUAUGUAUUUCUAUUUACAAUUAAUGGUGUGUGGGAUGUCUACAAUUUAUAAGUAUAGCAUAUUAUAAACUAUGAAUGCAAAUUAUA